AGGUAUAUACAAUAAAUUUGGAAUCAAAGUUCUUGCUUGUUCAAGGGGUUCCAGCUUUGGAUGUGACCAAGGAUUUGUUGGAAACAUUUGCAAUAUAUGGUACGAUUGAUGAGUAAGUACAAUCGUCAUGUAAUCAUUUUACUGAAAAUAAUGAUAAUAUUAUAUUCAUGGCUGAUUUUAAUUAAAAUUGUGUGAAGGAAAUAUCGAAAAUACAAAUUCAUGUGUAGGUAACGUAUUUGAACGGGAAAACUCCAUUUAAUCAAAUGCUGGAGAUUAUAACGUCAACAUACAGUAGAUUAAAGAUUUUUUAAUUCCAAAUAAUGAUAUGCCUAAAAAUCAUGAUAUAUAAUAUAUAGCCUCCUCUGAACCUAAAAUAUCCAACAUGCACUAAUAAAGGUUACUUCCAUUAUUUAAAUUUUGGUAUUAUACAAUUGUAUACAUACCUUAUUAAAACUAAAAAGAUGUAACCAAAAGGCAAAACAUUUUGCUAUUAGAAAUAUUUUUGGAAAGACACAUUCCGAAUUUGCUUCAAUGCACAGGAAACGAUUAUAUUUUGCACCGUGUUUCAUUGAGAUUGAACUUACUCGGAAUACAAACACCCAUAUUAUUUUAAUAUGCGAGUUUAUAAUUACAUAUGUAGUGUAGUUUUUAAUUACUUUUCAAUAUACACGCGAGAAUGCAAAACGAAGACAUUGCAUUUGCUUGAUAGACGAUAUACAUUUCUAGGUGUUCUAAAACAAAUUCGUCAGAUUCCUAAACAUUUACAAAAAAGCUUUUUGAAAGUUUUACGAUAUUUUUUCAUACGCCAGAGGUAGAUCAGUCCGUUGACAGCAAAAUUUAAGGUCAUGAGAGUUUUUCCCCAAACUGUGGCUGGCUCUACUAUAUUUGACGAAGGCCAUUCUUCAGCAGACAAUACGGACAUAGACAAGAUAGUUAAAAUUGGUAGCAAAGUUAAAGCCAGGAUAGAACAAACAAUUUCAAUUGUUGUAAGAAAAUUCUUUUCGCUUUCCAGCCGUAUCUUAAUCAUCCUAAUGCUAGCUUCGUUUAAACCUUGUCUUUUGUACAAUCCAUUUCUUUGUUUUCUCAGUGAAAUGUAUGAAGCAAAGUACACUAUUUGGGUAAGAAAAAACGUUGUCCACGCCAAAGAAAGUUUGCAAAGCAUCCAAUGAACUUCAUAACCGUAGAUGAGUAUGACGUUUAGUAUUCCCUCGCACGUAAAAUGGAAGAGCCAUACUGCUGCUAGCCAGUAUCGAGUAACACGAGUUGUUAUCUGGACACGAUGCCACAGUGGAAAUGCUACCGAAAAAAAUCGUUCGAUUGACAGACAAAAAAAUGAAGUGAAUGAAAUUGAUUCAAGAAAUGUUAUAGCGGUUUUAAAUAACUGGCUUGUUGCCAGUGUAGAAGAGGUGGACACGUUUAAAUUCAAAUAGGAGUUAAAGAGAAACAGCCGUGCUAGAUUGACACAGGAUGCAAGGAGAUCGAUAAUUGCGAUAUUGACGAUGAAUGGUGACGACGAACUUCGUAAAAGUUUGUAAGGAUCUUUCUUGUGUGCAUAGAGCAGCAUUAUGUUGAGAAAUAUUCCGAGUAUAUUAAAUGUUAUUUGAAUAAUCACAGCACUCUUUUUCCAUGUGCAGGGGACAUUAUAUUUUCAGGAAAAAAGUGUAUUACAAAAGCUAGUAUGUAUAUAGUUUUCCUUUGAUUUGGAUGAAUAUUAAAAGUAUGCAGGGGUGGAAAAACUGAGGACGAUUUAAUUUAUCUUCCCCCCCCCCCCCAUCGACAACUUUUUUGGUAAAAAAAUUUCGGACAAGAACGUUACAAUUGCUUUCGUAGCACUUUUUCCGAACCAGCACUCGGCGGGCCUGCGUAUAUGCAGGUAUGCUUGACCACGAAGAUUCCGACAACAUUACCAAUUUACCGACGUUGUGUAAGUUGAGAAAAUCAAGUUAAAGUUUAUAUGUAAAUCAAGGAAAAUCUCUAUCACAUAUGAAGAUACGACACACUUAUGAUUUUUCUUUGUAUUUUCCUCAUGAAUUAUUAAUGUUUUUUUGAAUGAAUUUAUAACUAUGAUCAUUUUGAAUUUUUUAUCUCCAUUAUUUUCUCCAUCCCUGAUAAUUAAAAGAGCAAAGUUUUCGGCGUCGAAUAAAUUAAUUAACAACUUCACAUUAACAUGUCUCCAUGAGCAAUAUACAGAACUUUAAGUGUUAAUAUUCUUCACUCCAACAGGUGAAUUGAACUAGAGUGUUUUUUAUUAAGGAAACAUUUAAUAUAGGAGGUUAUAUAGGUAUAUUAAUAUAUAGUGUUUUAGAACAAGGAAAGUUGUGCUGAAGUCCUAUACCAUAUUUUUAAAAUACUUCGCGGAUUAAAAUAUAGCAAAUGGAGUCGUUGAUUAACUGCUGUUAUUACAAUUCUCAUUUUUAUGCAUUAUUAAUAAGAGAUUACAUAUAACUACAGCUUGAUAUAUAUACCUAACAACUGCCUGCUUGCUAUAGCUUAUGGGCGAGAAGUUCAGUCACAUUGAUUACAUAUAUAGAGAACAUAUACUUUUCUAUUGCCGUGUUGAAAUUACCUUAAAGAAUGAAUAAUUUCACCGAAUAUAACGUUCCUACAUGGAAAACGAGUGCUGUGGUUGUACAAAUAACAUUUUGUAUACUGGGAAUAUUUCUCAACAUAAUGCUGCUCUAUGCACACAAGAAAGAUCCUUACAAACUUUUACGAAGUUUGUCGUCUCCAUUCAUCGUCAAUAUCGCAGUUAUCGAUUUUCUUGGAUGCUGUGGCUUUCUAGCACAACCGUUUCUCCUUAAAUUCUAUAAUUUCAAUAAGUUUAAUGCAAAUGCAUCCAUGUCUACCAGACAGGCAACAAACUUACUAAAUGCCGUUAUAACAUUUCUUCAAUUAAAUUUCAUUUUCUUCAUUUUUCUUUCUGUCAGUCGAACGAUUUUUCUCGAUAGCAUUUCCGCUGUGGCAUCGUGUCCAGAUAACAACUCGUGUUACUCGAUGUUGGCUAGCAGCAGUAUGGUUCUUCCAUUUUACAUACGAAGUAACAAUAAACGUCAUGUUGAUCUACGGUUAUAGUUAUGAAGUUCAAUGGAUACUGUACAAACUUUCUUUGAUGUGGACAACAUUUCUUUUUACCCAAAUAAUGUACUUCGCGUCGUACAUUUCACUGAGAAAUCAAAGAAAUGUGUUAUACAGAAGACAAGAUCUAAGCGAGGCCAGUAUUAGGAUGGUUAAAAUAAGAUUGGAAAGUGAAAAUAAUUUUCUUACAACAAUUGCAAUUGUUUGUUUUGUCCUGGCUUUAACUUUGCUACCAAUUUUAACAGGGUCGUUUGUGCUUGUGUUGUGUAGCAAAGAAUGGAUUCCUGCAAAGUUACUUAAAAAACCAGACGUUGUUUGGGGAACAACUCUCAUGACCACACAUUUUGCUGUCAACGGACUGAUCUACCUCAAGCGUAUGAAAAAAUAUCGCAAAACUUUCAAGAAGCUUUAUUGUAAAUGUUUAAGUGCCUAACGAAUUUGUAACCUAGAAAUGUAAUUCGCUUAUGAAGCUAAGGCAAUUGCAUGGGGUUAAAAGACAUGCAAUUAGUUCUUGGUAUAGAUUCUUGCGUUCUUUGGUGAACAAUAUAAUUAAAAAACUAUGUCUUAUUAAACUGACAUAUAUAUAUUAAAAUUUAGAUGAAAAAUUAUUAAUAUUUCAAAACAGUUGUCAAUUCCGAGUAACUGGGAGUAUUCAUGUUUUUGAAAUACAGCCCUAAAAUAUAAUUCAGUGCAAUUUUGUUUUCUCGAUUAGUGGAAAAAUUAAUUUAUUGUAAGAAAGUUUUAUGUUCAAUUUUUUUCUGCAUGUUAGACAAUUCGAAACUAUUUUGAUGUAAAUAGUCUUCAUCUAUAAUAAUUAUUGGGAUGGAGCUUUUCAAGAGACUUCAAAUUUAACUCGUCGUUCGUGCAAUAUUUCCCCAAAAUUGUUCUCUCAUUUCAUCAUCCCCAGUGAACUGCAUAUAAUACUGGAUGUCCCAAGAAAAACUGGACACUGUUUGAUUUCAUGUAACGUAAAAGCUAUAAAAGCUAUCGCAAUGAAAUAAAGAUCAUUGUAUUCAGAAAGGACUAACUUAGAUUUUGACUAAUUUACAUGCAAUAUCGAGCGAGAUACAACCAAAAUAAAAAUAUUUAUUAUUUAACAAGUAUAACUAUACACUGAUCGGUAUAGUUAUAAGGUUGUUUUUGUGCUAAUAUUUGGCAUUUUCAAAAACAGUAGUUCAACGUUCAAACAUCAAUAGCGCAGUCAAUAUUGCACGUAAAUUCAAGUGCUAUAUAAUAUCAAAAUCUAAGUUUGUACUUUCGGAAUGCAAUGAUAUUUAUUUCAUUGCGAUAGCUUUUAUAACCUUUACGUUACAUGAAAUCAAACAGUGUCCAGUUUUUUUUUUGGGGGGGGGGGGGCACCCGGUAGUUCACUGAUCAUCCCUAUUCAACUGCAUAUUUAUGUGCCACGCUUCCAAGGACCGCCUUUGAUAUUAACGAUUAUUUGUUUUUGUAUUGUACAUUCUACUUUUCAGGUACAGGAUUUUGGAUGAUUAUCCUGCGGAGGAUUUCACCAAAGUUUACUGGAUCAAAUUUAAGCAUAUCAUGGCUGCCAGGUAAAUGAAUUCCGCCCAGGAGAAGGGCGCUGUGGGAGGAGGGGACUGCAGUGGGCAAUUCUACUAAAAAAUCGGGCAGACGUUAUAUGGCGGGAAAAUUUUGUAUGCCCCCCCCCCCCAAUUCUUUCCUCACUUACGCCUAUGUUUUAAAUAACAGAAUAGACAACAAACAGGCUAGAAGUCAGUUUCAUGCACAUUUAUUGCAGAGUAUAUAUAACAACAAUUGAUGUAUAUAAGUUACACUGGAUCUGCUAGACCAUUUUAGCAUGACAAAAGUGUAACUGAGAGGCGUUUAGAGCAAUUCUGAACCUGUCCUAAAAAUGUCAUGCUAAGAAUCAACCUAAAUGCUGCAUGGUAUUUAGUUUGUUCACUUAAAAUGUUGGAAUAAUCUGCUUAUAAAUUAUAACUAUAUAUAAUUAUCUGAUUAUGACUAUAAUAUAAUUAGUCCUUAGUACUUAGUAACCUUCGCUCGGAACGUCAAAGUUUGUUCUUAUUUUUGAGGUAAUUGCAUCAUACACAGAAGCCCCCAUAUUUUGUUCAUCCAAGACUGUGUAAAAUAAUACCUCUUUAAUAAAAAUGUGUGUAAAACAAAGCUGUGCUAUUUUACACGUAUUUUUUACUCACAUUUUUUUCAAAAAAAUUUGUAGUUGUACGUUUUACACAAAUUUGUUUUGCCGAAGCAAGGAAAGGGUUCGAUAACUUCAAAAAAAUCCUUUGAGGACAUAAUGUCUAUUCCUCUCUCAAACUUAACACACCAUAGAUGCUUUAAGUAUAGCGAGCUUCCGGCAGCUGCAUACUACGUUCAAAAUGGGUACUUUUCACCUCUGAGAUCAUGCGCACAGACAACAUGAGCAACAGCGAAAAGGAGGUAAUUAGUCAUCCUCGUUCCCAGGGCCUCACGGCUGCGCAAAUAUUUUCCCUAGUGAAAACUGCUCAACUUCUGCGAAAUAGCAGUUCUCUGAGAGGCCAGUUGGAUCUCUCCCUUUAGUCGUCUAACCCAAAGCCUAAUUUUCAACGAAAGACGGAGUGAAAAUGGCUCUGGGGACGAGAAUGGUAAUCAGUGAGAAAUUGCAAUAUACUUACCAAAACAAUCCGAAGACCAACUGACCAAGGACAAGUGUAUUUUUAGACUUCUGGGGUCGGUUGUACGAAGGGUGGAUAGUGCUAGAUGCAUUAAACUUUAGUAAUAUAAUUUAUUUUUAUUAAUUGUGAAAUCCAAAUCCUUGGUUACACAACUUUUUAAGCAUUUAUAGAAAAAUUGAAAAAAUCACUAUUAACGGUGGAUAGCGUUUUCCGGCCCCUGCUCGGAUCCGAAUAAAUAAUCUCCAUAUACUUGGACUUGUUAAUUAGCGUUUCUCACGAAGGCCAAAAUCCGUCAUUUUUUGGGUACUGUCUGCCCUCGUGAAAAGCGACUUUUAAAGGUUGUAACUGUAAAUGUACCAUUAUACAAACAAGCAUAAUACUAAAAAGUCGCAUUUCGUGGUGCGGAGACCCUCAAACGUGGGAGAGGCAGUACCCCAAAAUGGCGGAAAAAUCGGCGAGAAAGGCUAAUUGCUGUCCACAACACUGAUGAAAACAAACUCUGCCUAAUGUGUUGUUUAGAAGUGAUAAAGUUGAGAAACUAAGGUGCGGCCUUCUUUGAUUUCAGGAAAGCUAAAAGAAAACUUGAUAAUCGUUCAUUUUUCGGAGGCAUUCUCCAUGUUUCCUAUGCACCAGAGUUUGAAUCUGUCGAAGAAACGAAAGAAAAGUUAAUGGAUCGAAAACGAGUUGUUGAACGGAAAAUAAAUU